GGCUGAAUCGACGGAGCCUUUGCCUCAGUUGUGAGGAACGCGCGCUCGCUCGCGCCUGUGCUUUGUGGUUCAUUUUUUUUUAAUUCAAAUCCUGUGCAGUGUUCGGAUACAAUGAGGCUAAUCUUUUGGGUUACAGCCUUGGCUGUGCUCAGCGUGACUUGUGCCAAAAACUCGACAGCGAAAACAAAACCGAAACGACAACUCGAAAACAUACGAACUCCUCAAAAUCUACAGUACUCUUUGGUGCUCCCACACUCCAGAGUUACACAUUUCCGCUCAACUUCAAGUAACAGAAGAAUUUCAAAUGUACCCAGAGGAAAGCUUCCGCCGUACGCGGUGCAAAUGGAACCCGUCGUUCAAUACUCACAAAAAGAUCCGCUAUACGACCCGAACCUUAGUAAUCUAGACGAUGCAGUUGGGAACAAGAACGAAAUACAUGCACAACCGAAAAUUCUUAACAUUCACGACCAAUCCUCUGAGGGAUCAUUUGGUCCGCCUUACGGAGCGCUGCCAACCGCUCCGCUCUACAGCUACGAGCCCCAUCCUCAUUAUAUAGAAGCACCGGAACCUAUCAUCGAAAUCAUCAUCAAGGAGUCCAAUGAAUCCCUGCCAGCACCGCCACCUCAGCCCAUACUGAAGAAGAAGAAGGAACCCGUUCAAGUGUUUUACGUUAAAUACAGCAAGGACCCACACUCCGACGAUAAAGUAGUUUAUGAAAAGCCUAUCCCAGCCAUCACUCCGCCUUCGAACGAUGAAGAUGAUAGUCAUGAUGAUUAUAUAACAGUCACUCCUGAACCUUUGUACAUACCGACACAAACGACUACUUUGAGAGCUAUCAUAAAACCAGAAUCCGAAGUAUAUCAUAGUGAUAGCAGUGUUAAGGUAACUUUUGGUAACGAAAACCAUCAUUACAGCAGUCGCGAAGAAACUGGACCACACGAGCAUCACGAGGAAACUGCUCCGAGGCCAGCAAUUGCUUUACCAAAUGCCCAUCCGAGUGCACAAACCUAUCAACAUUCCGGGUCCCCGCAAUCUCAGUACCAUGACUCCGGAAGUCGAUCUAUCUCCCACUCUAGUCCUUUAUCAGAUCAUUCUUCACAAACUUACAGGUCCGCUUCGCAACAUGCCCAAAGUCGCGUUCAGUUCCAACAAAGUUUCUUAUCUAAUGACUAUCAAUUGCCACGGCAAGGGCCAUCGGUUGCGCCAUUUAGGGCCCAGCCCCACACAACCAGGCAAAGUUCAUUUGCUCCAUCUCCUUCGGCAAGUUCAUAUUCAGGUUUUCCUAGUGCUUCUCCUAGUUCUCACUUUGCCAACGUUGCUCCAACUGUUCCCGGUCCUAUCGGUCCCGUCUUCCCUACGACUUUUUCAAGGCCCAGCAAUCAACCUUCUUUUCACGCUCGGCCAAGCAGCCCACCCUCGUUCGCUUCAAGACCACAUUUCGGUGGUCCGACAAGGACACCAUUCCAUUCUGGGCCUCAAAGACCUUUCCAUCAACAGCAAGCACAACCACAAACAUAUUUCGAUGAGCCGAAAUAUUUACAAGAAAAUUAUCAUACCAUUACAACGGAACAAGUAGAGCCACCUAAAGUUCAACUGCUACCGAGUAGGCAAGCGCAAACCUUUAAUCCAAAGCCAAGUCCAAGUACUUCUUCUGCGCACUUCCCAGAAAGUAGACCUCAAUUGAUUCCUUACAAUCAACAACCACCCACCCAGCAAAGGCCAUCUCAACAUUUCGACUCUGGUUUAAGUAAUCCUUCAUUUUCUAUUACUCCUAGUAGACCGCCCUUCUUUAAUUUAAAACCGUCUCCUCCUCAUAUUGAUAAUAAUCGAGUUCCUUUCCAGUCUCAGCAAAAUCAACAAUUCAGUUUUCAUCAAGGAGCUCAGCCAGUAGCUAGACCAACUCUUCAAUCACCAACACAACAUAGUUCAUUUUCAAGUCAUAUUUCUCCGUCUUCAUCCUCUAUUCCCCACAGUCAAUUCCUUCCUCAGCCAUCAUCUCCUCCUUUGUUUAGCUUCCACCCUCAACCAUCACCAACACCCAGUCAACACAGUUUUCAUCAGCAACCGUUAAAUAAUUACCAACAAUCGCAAACUCAAACAGAGAGGCCUCCCUCGGGACAUCAAACAAUUUUCCAAAGUCAAUCAAAUCUUGACCACCAACAAAACAUUGGUCAGUUUGUUCCAAAAGACGGUGAGCUCGUACCUUCCAUAUCUAAAUAUGAGCAACACAUAACAGUCGAUGGAAGUGAUUCUCGAAAUAACUUUAAUGGCUUGAAUAACAAUAAUCAACCCACUCCAACAUCCAUUACUCCACAACAACAGUAUUAUCAACAACAGCAACAAGUACAACACCAACAACAACAACAACAACAAGAACAAAAACAUAAAGAAGAACAAGAAAAGCAGCAACAACAGCAACAGCAAGCCUUUGACGCUGAGCAAGCACAAGUAAGGCAACAAUUAGCACAAAAUGUUCGUAAACAACAAGAAGAAAUUCAACGACUACAAGGACAACUACUGUAUAAUCAACAAGUACACCAACAACAACAACAACAGCAACAAACACAGCAACAAUAUGAACAAAAUCAAUAUAAUCAAUACAAUUUUGAUCAACAAGAAAGAUCAAGAGCACAGCAGUCUUUUGUAUCUAGUACCCAAGCUCCUUUCUACCAAUCAACUUCGAGAACUGUUGAAAUUAAGCCAACGACCCAAAAGUAUGUUUCUUCAACUGCGAAUUCCUUACCAUCAACUCCCGAGCCGAAAAAAGAAGAGAAAAAGAAGAAGCCAACUAUAGAACUUCCAGAUGAAGUACCGGAUGACCUCCGUCAACAAUUACUGUCUUCCGGAAUCUUAGAUAAUGCCGAUAUAAGCGUCUUAGAUUACGACAAAGUGGGAGAAACGCCUUUAGAAUCUCUUCCCCCAGAUCAAUUAGCGAACUUCUUCAGCGCUGGAGGUGGCCAACAAAUUGCGUCGAGCGAGCACAAUCCUGUCGUUGUGAAACCCAACGGUGAUCAAAUUGAAUCAAGAAUUGAUGAAAACUUUGACGAAGAUGAUCAGGAUAUUGCUGCAUCAGAAAAUAUGGCGACAUACGUCACUCCACCGUCUGAUUCACCUCAAGCUGUCGAAAUGAAAGUGGUACAAUUCGAUCCCAAUACACCAGAAGGUCAAAAUAUAGCAAAAGAUUAUGUGAAGGAAGAUGCUACUCAAGUAGAUCCAGUGGCUCUUAAUGAUAAGAAAUAUAACAGAUAUUUGCCUUUAAAAGUGAAAGGUAAUCAAUUUCCUGUACCCGAUAUAUUGAAAGGCAGAAAGAUAACAUCAGUUGUUGUAUUAGCGCCAGUGCAAACAGAAGAAUUAAAUAAUGAACAUAGCAGAGCGGAACGAGCGACAACUAACAGCUUGAAAGGAAUCAAAUUCAUUGCCGGUGACAGUUUGCAUGAUUUGCUAAAGAAACCGACAACAGAUAACUUCAACAAGUGGCUCGAUAUUGAAAAGAAAACAGCAACAGAUCAACAGUCUGUUAUUCUUCUUGUUACAGAGAACGACGAACCAGCUGAAGACAAAGAAAUAUUUAUGUAUGACAUAUCAUCGGGCAACGUUAGCAAACUAAGCGGGGAACUGUCAAACGCUUUCGUCGAAGCAGCAGAAAACAAUUCAUUGAGUAAAGACAUUGAAAAACUGGCCAUCGAAGGUGAAGGGACGCCGGAAAACUUCGACAAAGAAAAAGAUCCCAUAGCUGAAGGUUCAGAGAACGUGCCAUUAUUUGUAGAUUUAUCAGGUAUAAGAUUAGACCAGGAAGACAGUAGAGUAUCAAUAUCCUCAGGCUACAGUAAAACAAAGCUCGGCAGAUCAUUAAGAAGAGAAUAAAAACCGUUUGAUUUGAAGUUUGUAAAUAGUAUAGUGUUAGUGUUGCUAAAUUAAAACGACGUGAUGUUAAAUAGUCGUUACGUUUUGUAUGAAAGUGAUAAUCGGGUUGUAUAAUAUAAAAUAUUUUUUUUAA